GUCUCCUAUUGGCAGCUCUUUUUUCCCCUCUUCGCCCAUUACACCUUUAAAUCAGAAGCAGGAGAAGAAGCUGAACUGAUACUAAAUUGCUUACAAAUGUUAAUUUCAAGCAGCAUAAGUUUGCAAAUAGGUGGUGUUUCCAUUUCCACUCAAUAUGGAGCGUCAGUGAGAUCACCCUCAUUAUCUUUUCCUCCAUUCUCCCAAACCCACUUGAAGAAAUGCCCCACCAGAAAUUCUUCUUGCUUUACUACCGCUGUGGCUUCCAUUGACUCUACCCAACUCAGUUCCUCCUCCAAUCCUCUUCCCGAAAAGGAGGGAAGCAACAAGUAUUAUUUUGUUGUUGCGAAUGCCAAGUUCAUGCUGGAUGAAGAGGAGCACUUCAAGGAGCUUAUGUUUGAGAGGCUUCGUAAUUAUGGUGAACGUGAUAAGGAGCAGGAUUUUUGGCUCUUGAUUGAGCCCAAAUUCUUGGAUAAAUUCCCCAACAUUACUAAAAGACUACGCAGACCUGCUGUCGCUUUGGUUUCAACUAAUGGCCCUUGGAUUACGUUUAUGAAAUUGAGAUUGGACCGUGUUUUAUCAGACGUAUAUGAAGCUGACAGUCUAGAAGAAGCUCUAGCCUCUAAUCCUGCUACUUUAGAGUUUGAGAAGCCAGAAAAAUGGGUAGCACCUUAUCCAAAGUAUGAAUAUGGAUGGUGGGAGCCCUUCUUGCCCACUGGAGCAAAAGAGUCAAAAGUAUAACACACCUGUUCCUUCUCUUUUUGUCCUUUCUUUCAUUGUUGGUGAGGAAUUUUCUAUUUCUUGGUAAGUAUCGAUUGACAGUUGAAGAUGGUGGGGUUUCCGGGCAAUAGUGAAGGCAGUUGAUAUUUUUAUUCUCAAGGAUAGUACUUCAGGACGUAUUAUCUAGAUGUUGAUAUUUAAUACUUUGAGCAAAUUGAUUAAUUUCUUUAAGUAACAUUGUUCAGAACCAAUUUGAUCUGUUUAAAAUGAAAGCAGUGAAAUGAAAAUCAAAUCAUUCAUGGCUCUAUAAUA